AUGGGCGAUGAUGGUGCCAAGGGACUGGAGUUUGUGUAUGGAUUUGGAAUGGUUUACGAGAGGAGUCGGGCGACUAGAUUCUGCGGAGCUUUCCGUAUUGGCGGCGCCGAUACGGCAGAAGCCGGUCAACCUCCGUCCAUCGUGGCCUCGUCAUCAGAUAAACCGGCCCCGCUGCCGGCCGACGUGCCCCCUGUCGAGGGCCAGAGGGAGCAACUUGGCCACCAGCUCGAGCUGGAGGAGCACAAGGCGCUGGAGAUGAGCGUUGUCGAGAUGGCCUUGAGCACAGUCGAGGGGGUGCCCAAUCUCUACGUCGGAGGACUAUGGGCCCUCCGCCGCUCCCAGUCCCUCCUGGACCGCAAAAUCACACACGUCCUCUCCCUCGUCUCCUUCAACCCAGGUAGUCUCAAAAACUUCAAGGACGAGCCCUUCUCCGAGUACGGCAAGCCCUUCAGGCACCUCCUCAUCGACAUUGACGACGUUGAGGAUGAGGAUCUCCUCAUCGAGCUGCCCAAGGCCGUCAAGUUCAUCGACGAAGGCCUCCGCAGCGAGAGAAGCCGGCGCCAAAAGUCCACCACCACCAGCGACGAUGUCGCCGCAGCAGAGAAGGCGGUUGAGCGCAUCAGCCUAGACUCCAAGGAAUCAGUCUCAUCAGCAUCAGAUUCAGCACCAGCUUCCUCAGACCAGCCUCCUCCGCAGAGCCAUCCCAGACGAGGAGCCGUCUUCGUCCAUUGCGCUGCCGGAAAGUCCCGCUCCAUCUCCGCCCUCAUCGCCUACCUCCUCUGGCGCUACCCGGACCGCUUCACCGGUCCCGCCGGCGCGCAGCUGGCUUCGACCCUUGAAGGCCCCGAAGCCGAUGAGUCCGUCGCCGAGCCUGUCCGUGCGGCGCUCGCACUCAUCAAGCAGACGAGGCCCCUUGCGGAGCCCAACCCGGGCUUCAUGGAACAGCUCGACCUCUGGUGGCAGAUGGGCUGUCCCGCCGACGGCGACAUAGAGACCCAGCCCAUCUACCAGCGUUGGCUGUACCAGCGCGCCGCCAGAGAGAGCAUCGCCGUAGGACAGGCCCCCUCACAGCUCUGGUUCGAAGACGAGCAGACCGAAAAGCCGUCAGACUCGUCGUCGUCGUCUUCGGCCCCCACGCCGGACAGGAAGCUCCGCUGCAAAAAGUGCCGCCGCAUCCUCGCCACGGCGCCCUUCAUCGUGCCGCACAAGCCCCGCGAAGACGAUGCCUCAGCCGCAGCGGCGCCCUCCUCCUCCUGCCAGCACUUCUUCAUCGAGCCCCUCAGCUGGAUGCGCGCCGAGCUGGAAAAGGGCGAGCUGAGCGGCCGGCUGUCGUGCCCGAACCCAAAAUGCGGCGCCGGCGUGGGGCGGUACGACUGGAAGGGCUUUCCGUGCUCGUGCGGCUCGCGCGAGGACCCGGCCUUUUCGCUGCAGAAGGCGAGGGUCGACGAGGAGCUGUCCAGGGCCCCUCUGCGGAUGCCUCCUGGCCGAGGCGGCAACGGGAAUUUGUGA